CUCUGCGCGCAGCAUGGCGCUCCCCCGGGCCCUCGCCUUCGGGCUCCUGCUCGCGGUGGUCGCGGCGACGCUGGCCGCGGCUCAGCAAGGCUGUGUCUGUGAAAGCUACAAGCUGGCAACGAGCUGUUUUUUGAAUGAAAAAGGUGAAUGCCAGUGUACGUCCUAUGGUUCACCGAAUACUGUCGUGUGCUCCAAACUGGCAUCCAAAUGUCUGGUGAUGAAGGCGGAGAUGUCUCACAGUAAGUCUGGGAGGAGGCAGAAACCUGAUGGCGCCAUCCAGGACAAUGAUGGGCUAUACGAUCCUGAGUGCGACGAGCAAGGGCUCUUUAAAGCCAAGCAGUGCAACGGAACCGCCACGUGCUGGUGCGUGAACAGCGCGGGCGUGCGGAGAACCGACAAGGAUACAGAAAUAACCUGCUCCGAGCGAGUGAGGACCUACUGGAUCGCCAUCCAACUGAAACACAAAGAAAGAGAAAGCCCCUACAACCUUCAGAGUUUGAGGACUGCACUUCAGGACACAUUCACAUCUCGAUACAAACUGAAUCCAGCAUUUAUCAAAAAUGUUCUGGGACUGAACCCAGUAUGUACCCAGGUGAAAGGGGAAUCCUUGUUCCCUUCUUCGAAAAUGGACCUGAUGGUAAAUGGAGAACAGCUUGAGCUGGAGCCUGGGCAGACCAUCGUUUACUAUGUUGAUGAAAAACCACCUGAGUUCUCCAUGCAGGGUCUCACAGCCGGCAUCAUUGCCGUCAUUGUGGUGGUGGCAUUGGCAAUCAUCGCAGGGGUAGUAGUGCUGGUUAUUUCUACAAGGAAGAAAUCAACAAAAUAUGAGAAGGCGGAGAUAAAGGAGAUGGGUGAGAUACAUAGAGAACUCAACGCCUAACUGCUCUGCUUUGAGAAUGGAACCACCAAAGGGGAAUUGGCGAAAGACCUCAGAUGGCAAAUGUAUAAACAUGGGACAAGACCUCUAAAGGAUUUCUGUUUUGUUAGUUAUCAUCACAUAUUUGUAAUAAUGAAAUUUGUACUUAUAAAUACAAGCAGCUUGUCAUUGGCAUUACCAAUCUUAAAAUUAGACAAAUGUCUUAUGUGCAGGUGUGGUGUGGAACUCAGAACUUAGCCUGCAUAGUUAAAAUAAUUUAUGCUUAGUAUUGAAGAGUGUGCGUCACAAACAUUCCUCGGUAGAAUGCGAUGACUAGUGUCGUUUUCUGAUUAAAGCUGAGUUUCUAUGUGCCUGAGUCUUGUACAUAAUAAACUUUUUUUAAUGAAAUAAAACAUUUUUUAAACCGA